AUGCGUUGCGCAUCACGAUCAGACGAGCUGGUUUUCUUCGUGAACGGGAGGAAGGUGAUGGAGAGGAAUGUGGACCCAGAAGGGACUCUGCUGACCUUCCUACGAAAGAACUGGACCCUUUUGUCAAAGUCCUGGCUGUUACGCCUCACAGGAACCAAGUACGCCUGUGGAAGAGGAGGCUGCGGCGCCUGCACCGUGAUGGUGUCCAAGCAUGACCCUGUGUCCAGGAAGAUAAGACACUUCUCUGUCACUGCAUGCCUGAUGCCCAUCUGCUCUCUGUAUGGAGCUGCUGUCACCACCGUGGAAGGUGUUGGAAGCAUCAAAACCAGGCUUCACCCUGUACAGGAGCGGAUCGCCAAGAGCCACGGCACCCAGUGUGGAUUCUGCACCCCUGGGAUGGUGAUGUCCAUGUACACACUGCUCAGGAACCACCCGCAGCCCUCGGAGGAGCAGCUCAUGGAAGCCUUGGGAGGUAAUCUAUGCCGCUGCACUGGGUAUCGGCCAAUACUUGAGAGUGGAAGGACUUUCUGCAUGGAGUCAAACAGCUGUCAACAGAAAGGAACGGGAAAAUGCUGCUUGGAUUGGGGAGAAAAUGACUCUUCCCCACUUGGCAAGAAAAGUGAGAUUUGCACGAAGUUAUUUGCGAAAGAGGAGUUUCAAUCCUUGGACCCAACCCAGGAGCUCAUAUUUCCCCCAGAACUCUUGAGGAUGGCAGAGAAUCCAGAAAAACGAACACUGACCUUCUAUGGAGAGAGAGUUACCUGGAUCUCUCCUGGGACCCUCAAGGAUCUCCUGGAGCUGAAAGUGAAACACCCCGAGGCCCCUCUCGUUCUGGGCAACACCUCACUGGGACCUGCAAUGAAAUUUCAAGGACAUUUUCAUCCAGUUUUCCUCUCUCCUGCAAGGAUCUCUGAGCUGAGUAUGGUGACAAAAACAAGUGAUGGACUGACAAUAGGUGCUGGCUGCAGCCUGGCCCAGAUGCAGGACAUCUUGGCUGAGAGGAUAGCUGAGCUCCCAGAAGAGAAAACACAGACGUACCGAGCCCUCCUGAAGCACCUGAGGAGUCUGGCAGGCCAGCAGAUCCGGAAUAUGGCAUCCUUAGGGGGUCAUGUGAUAAGCCGGCAUUGCUGUUCGGACCUGAAUCCAGUUCUUGCUGUGAGCAACGCUACCCUCAAUCUGAUUUCAGCAGAAGGUACGCGGCAGAUUCCUCUAAAUGAACAUUUUCUUGCUGGGUUGGCAAGUGCAGACCUUAAGCCGGAGGAAAUUUUGGAAUCUGUGCAUAUCCCGCACUCUCAAAAGUGGGAAUUUGUGUCCGCCUUCCGACAGGCUCAGUGCCAGCAGAACGCCUUGCCCCACGUGAAUGCCGGCAUGCGAGUCCUUCUCAAAGAAGGCACAGACAGCAUUGAGGACCUGAGCAUCGCCUAUGGAGGGGUGGGGGCUGCCACCAUCAGUGCACACAGAUCCUGCCAGCAGCUCCUCGGGAGGCGCUGGAAUGAGUUGAUGCUGGAUGAGGCUUGCAGGCUGCUUCUGGAUGAAGUCUCGCUCCCAGGCUCAGCCCCAGGUGGCCGGGUGGAAUUCAAGAGGACCCUAGUCGUCAGCUUCCUCUUCAAAUUCUACCUAGAGGUUCUGCAGGAACUGAAGAAGCUGGUGAAGCUAUUCUGUGUGCCUGACAGCCGUCAUCAUUCUGAAGUUUCAGACCAAUUCCUAAGUGCUCUCGAAGAUUUCCCAGUCACAAUACCCCAGGGAGUCCAAACGUACCAGAAUGUGGAUCCUCACCAGCCUCUCCAAGACCCAGUUGGACGCCCCAUCAUGCACCUGUCAGCUCUUAAACAUGCCACUGGGGAAGCCAUGUUUUGUGAUGACAUUCCCAUGGUAGAUAAAGAACUUUUCAUGGCUUUGGUGACCAGUAGCAGGGCUCAUGCAAAAAUCAUAUCAAUUGAUGUGUCCAAGGCCCUUGAACUACCGGAAGUGGUUGAUGUGAUAACAGCUGAAGAUAUUCCAGGCACCAAUGGCGCUGAAGGUGACAAACUGCUGGCUGUAGAGGAGGUAAUCUGUGUGGGCCAGAUCAUCUGUGCUGUGGUUGCUGAGACAGAUGUACAGGCAAAACGAGCAACUGAAAAGAUAGAGAUCACCUAUGAAGAUCUGGAACCUGUAAUCUUCACCAUCAAGGAUGCCAUAAAACACAAUUCAUUCCUGUGCCCUGAAAAAAAACUUGAACAAGGAAAUAUUGAGGAGGCCUUUGAAAAAGUCGACCAAAUUAUUGAAGGAGAGGUCCAUGUUGGAGGACAGGAACAUUUUUACAUGGAAACGCAAAGAGUGCUUGUUAUUCCAAAGACAGAGGACAAAGAACUGGACAUUUAUGUGUCCACACAGGACCCAGCCCACGUGCAGAAAACAGUGUCUUCUACUUUAAACAUCCCCAUCAACAGGAUCACCUGUCAUGUAAAACGAGUGGGUGGAGGUUUUGGAGGGAAGGUAGGAAAACCAGCUGUAUUCGGGGCGAUUGCAGCUGUGGGUGCCAUCAAAACAGGUCAUCCCAUUCGUCUUGUCCUUGAUCGUGAAGACGAUAUGUUAAUAACUGGAGGAAGGCACCCAUUAUUUGGAAAAUAUAAAGUAGGAUUCAUGAACAACGGGCGGAUCAAAGCUCUGGACAUUGAGUGCUACAUUAACGGAGGAUGCACGCUGGAUGACUCUGAGCUGGUAACAGAAUUUCUAAUACUAAAGCUGGAAAAUGCAUAUAAAAUUCGCAACCUCAGGUUCCGGGGCCGUGCAUGCAUGACAAAUUUACCGUCCAAUACAGCCUUUCGUGGAUUUGGCUUCCCACAAGGAGCCCUAGUAACAGAAUCGUGCAUCACAGCUGUGGCAGCCAAAUGUGGCCUUCCGCCAGAAAAGAUUAGAGAGAAAAAUAUGUACAAAACAGUUGACAAAACCAUCUACAAACAAGCAUUCAACCCUGAGACCCUGAUAAGAUGUUGGAAUGAAUGUCUGGACAAGUCUUCCUUUCACAGCAGAAGAAUGCAAGUCGAAGAGUUCAAUAAGAAGAAUUAUUGGAAGAAGAAAGGCAUUGCUAUUAUUCCCAUGAAGUUUUCAGUUGGCUUUGCUGCAACAAGCUAUCAUCAGGCAGCUGCACUGGUUCAUAUCUACACAGAUGGGUCUGUGUUGGUCACACAUGGAGGCAAUGAACUGGGACAAGGUAUUCACACCAAAAUGCUGCAGGUGGCCAGCCGUGAGUUAAAAAUACCCAUGUCCUGUAUCCACAUCUCUGAAACGAGCACAGCAACAGUACCUAAUACAAUUGCUACAGCAGCGUCUAUCGGUGCAGAUGUCAAUGGCAGAGCUGUGCAGAAUGCUUGUCAGAUCCUUCUGAAACGCCUCGAGCCCAUCAUUAAGAAACAUCCGGAAGGUACAUGGGAAAACUGGAUAGAAGCUGCAUUUGAACAAAGAAUCAGUCUCUCAGCCACUGGAUACUUCAGGGGCUACAAGGCCUUCAUGGACUGGGAGAAGGGAGUGGGGGACCCAUUUCCUUACUAUGUCUAUGGAGCUGCCUGUUCUGAGGUUGAAAUUGACUGCCUGACAGGUGCUCACAAGAAAAUCAGAACGGACAUCAUCAUGGAUGCAUGUUGCAGCCUAAAUCCGGCCAUUGAUAUUGGGCAGAUUGAAGGUUCGUUUAUUCAGGGAAUGGGGCUUUAUACCACUGAAGAACUGAAAUACUCCCCAGAAGGCGUCCUGUACUCUCGGAGUCCAGAUGAGUACAAAAUUCCAACCGUCACUGAUGUCCCAGAGGAGUUCAAUGUCUCCUUGCUGCCAUCAUCACAAACCCCACUAACCAUCUAUUCAUCUAAGGGCCUCGGGGAGUCUGGGAUGUUCCUGGGGUCAUCUGUGUUCUUUGCCAUUGCUGACGCUGUGGCCACAGUGCGAAGAGAAAGAGACAUAGCUGAGGACUUCACGGUGCAGAGCCCAGCAACGCCAGAACGGGUUCGAAUGGCCUGUGCAGAUCGAUUCACCAAAAUGAUCCCAAGAGAUGACCCUGAGACAUUUAAACCUUGGUCUAUCCCUAUAGCAUAA